UGUGCGGGCGGGGCGGCGGUUGGGUGAGUUUUGCCAUGAGCCCUUGGGCUCCUUGGUCGCCAACCGUGAGCGAGCUGCCGGCUGUCGGCUGUCGGCUGUCGGCUGUCUGUCUGCGCGCGGGCGGGCGGGCGGGCGGCCUGGCGCGGCGUUCCGGAGGAUGUUGGCAAGAAAAGCCAUACAGUCUGACUGUAGCUGUGUCACUGUGUUAUGAUGCCAUCUCGUACCAACCUGGCUACUGGAAUCCCUAAUAGUAAAGUGAAAUACUCGAGACUUGCCAGCACAGACGAUGGCUACAUUGACCUUCAGUUUAAGAAAAGCCCUCCUAAGAUUCCAUAUAAGGCCAUUGCGCUUGCUACAGUGCUGUUUUUGAUUGGUGCCUUUCUCAUUAUCAUAGGCUCCCUCCUCCUGGCUGGAUAUAUCAGCAAAGGGGGAGCAGACCGAGCUGUUCCUGUCCUGAUUAUUGGCAUCCUGGUGUUCCUACCAGGAUUUUACCACCUGCGCAUCGCUUACUAUGCAUCCAAAGGCUACCGGGGUUACUCCUAUGAUGAUAUUCCAGACUUUGAUGAUUAGCACAUACCUCAUCCCUGCGGAGAAGAAUCACAGAUGAGACUGAAUCCAGCUUUAUCACUUUGAGUAGAACUGUGGCCAAGGGCUAAGGAAUUCUGUAGCAUGUGGAUCUUUAACACAACAACAUGCAGAUUUUAUGGGUCCACCCUAAAGCUGAGCUUAAAGUUAGUUAAGAUAUGCUCUAUUUUCCAACUCCUGAUUUCACAUGAAUAUGUAUUUGGAAGAAUAGCAUUAUUAAUUCUACCUGAAAGCAAGAUAUUCUAUAUUGGCAAAUGUCUUCACUCUUUUUGGAAUUGAGCAAUUCAUUCGAAUAGUUGUCAUUGUCAGUUAUUGUGAAGGGAGAAUGUCAAAUUACUUAUUACUGAGUAAUUUUGAAAAGUCUUUUAAGUAUCUUAUUCCCUGCACUCAUCUGUAACUUCAUGUUCUAGUGCAAAUAAGACCUUGGCAAAGUCCAGUGUCAUACUGGUAUAUUUGUAAUUUAUUUUUACUUGGUUUCUUCUUUGCUUCUUUGUGAAUUUUUUUGACUUACAUAGAUUGACCAAUGGCAGUUCAUUAGAUGUUAUUCAUAACUUAUGUUGACAUAUGAUUUUGUAUAGAAUAAUAUCUGAUUAGGGUGAUAUGUCCACAAAGUGAAUUUAGUUCUAUGCGCCCCCCCCCCCCAGUUUUAGGGUUUUCUUCCCUGAACUUGGUUUCUUUUUAACAGCAAUGUCAGUAAGUUUUCACAAUGCAGACACUUUCUUGUCACCAGUAUUUGGCCAGCUUUCAUCUGGGUCACUAGUAGUUUGGCCACUGCUUACUUUGAAUCAUUCUUUUUUUUUUUUUCUAAAUAUUUUAUUUAUUUAUUCCCUUUUGUUGCCCUUGUUUUAUUGUUGUAGUUAUUAUUGUCGUCGUUGUUGGAUAGGACAGAGAGAAACGGAGAGAGGAGGGGAAGACAGAGGGGGAGAGAAAGACACCUGCAGACCUGCUUCACCGCCUGUGAAGCGACUCCCCUGCAGGUGGGGAGCCGGGUUUUGAACCAGGAUCCUUAUGCCGGUCCUUGUGCUUUGCGCCACCUGCGCUUAACCCGCUGUGCUACAGCCCGACUCCCCACUUUGAAUCAUUCUGUCUUCUCUGUUGAUAGAUCAAGAUGUUCUGUAUAUCAUGCCUUUAAGGACUGAACUUUUGGUUGUAUCCUAAGAAAUGUAGAUAAGUGGUUGUUAUUUAAUUAUAAUAAGUUGUUAUCAUUCUGUAUUGUAAUGUCAUUCAUUUUGUUGGAGAUCACAAGAUUCAGCCUCAAUCCCUAGAGGAUUGGGCUGUUUUAACUCAAUUGUGUUUCCUAAUUUGCAAAAAGUGAAUUAUAGUUAAGAGAAAUUAAACUGUCAAAAUCUAAA